CGGGCCGGCCGCGAGUCGUAACAACCAAACAGCAACACCAAAAAUAUCCUCCCUACGGCCAAAGGGAACAUCGUUCGUUGCUCAAGGGACUGCUUGGAUCAUCGCGCUCUGCCAUUGGCCUCUUUACCGCCGUUCAAUUGACCUCAACAGAGGAGUUGUUACGUCAUGAGUGACGCACGCUUCUUCGCAAGGGGCAAAGUCCAAGAACUCCGCACCGAACUCCUCUCCGACAAAAAAGACAAAAACCACACCCGCAAGAAAACCGUCCUCAAAAAAAUCGUCGCAAACAUGACCAUGUCAAACGACAUGUCUGCCCUCUUCCCGGAUAUCAUAAAUUGUCUCUCGAUCCCCGAUAUCGAGAUAAAGAAGAUGUGUUUUCUGUUUUUGAUUAAUUAUGCGCGGUUGAAGCCUGAGACGUCACAACAAUCCGUUGGCGCGUUGACGGAGGACUUGAGAAAUCACAAUCCUCUAAUCAGAGCACUCACGCUGAGGACGUUGAGUUAUAUACCGUUACAGGGUUUCGUUACGGCACUCCUCCCGUACUUACGGAAUUCGGGGGGGUUGUUACGCGAUGCGGAUCCCUAUGUCCGGAAAACCGCAGCCCUCGCCGUCGCGAAACUCUACGCAUUCUCCCGACGCGAAGUCGAAGCCUCGGGAUGCAUCGAUAUCCUCCGCUCCAUGCUCGCCGACACCAAUCCCACCGUCGUCGCCUCCGCAAUCUGCGCUUUGGGGGAUAUCGCAGCACGAAGCGGCGAUACGAGUACCGAGCUCCUCAGCGGGGUAAAGAUCAAUUUCACGAUUGCGAGUAGGUUGGUGAGCGUGUUGAGUGAUUGCUCGGAGUGGAGUCAGACGUACACGCUCGAGGCGAUUAUGUCGUAUAUCCCACAAGACCCGGCUGAUGCGGCGAUUUUGGCGGAGAGGAUUAGUCCGAGGUUACAGCAUGCGAAUUCGGCGGUUGUGUUGGCGUGUACGAAGGUUAUAUUGUAUUUGAUGAAUUAUAUGGCGUCUGAGGCUGAGAUUACGGCGUUGUGUCGGAAAUUGAGUCCGCCGCUCAUAACACUGCUGGGGGCAAAGGGCCCGGAGGUGCAGUUUGUUGCGUUGAGAAAUGCGCAGUUGAUUGUUGCGCAGAGGCCGGAGGUGUUGAAGGGUGAGAUCAGGGUGUUUUUCUGCAAGUAUAAUGAUCCGAUAUAUGUCAAGUUGGCGAAGCUGGAGAUGAUCGUCAAACUUGCCACAGAGGAGACGAUUGAUCAAGUCCUGACAGAAUUGAAAGAAUACGCAACCGAAAUCGAUGUCGAUUUCGUGCGAAAGAGCGUGCGCCUCAUCGGGCGGCUGGCGGUCAAGUUGGAGAGUGCUGCGAAGAAGUGUACUGCCGCGCUCCUGGAUUUGGUGAGUACGAAAGUGAGUUAUGUCGUCCAGGAAGCGACUGUCGUCAUUAAAGAUAUUUUCCGGAAGUAUCCGGGGGAGUAUGAGAGCAUCAUUGCGACAUUAUGCUCGAAUCUGGAUUCGUUGGAUGAACCUGAGGCGAAGGCGGCGAUGAUUUGGGUUGUUGGGGAGUAUGCUGAUCGAAUCGAGAAUGCGGAUGAGUUACUUGAGGACUUUUUGUAUACUUGGUCUGAGGAGCCUGUUGAGGUUCAGUUGGCGUUAUUAACGGCGACGGUCAAGUUGUUUAUCGCACGGCCCGCAAAGGGAGGAGAUUUGGUACCCAAAGUAUUGAAAUGGGCCACGGAGGACGCAAAUAACCCAGACCUCCGCGACCGAGGCUACAUGUACUGGCGCCUUCUCUCGACCGACCCCGCCUCCGCAAAACAUGUCGUCACAUCUGAAAAACCACGCAUUCGGAUUACGGAAGAAUUGGGACAAGAAGUCCUGGAGGAGUUGGUGUUGAAUGUGGGGAUGUUGGCGAGUGUGUAUCAUAAGUUGCCGCAGCAGUUUGUGCGGGGGGCGAAGGGGAGGAAGUUGCAAGCUUCGCCUGCGCUGAGGAGACGAAGAGUCAUGGAGGAGGAGGAUGGGGAGGUAGGGACGUGGGAGAGUCAGGGUGGGUAUCAGGAUAUGGUAAAUGGGUUUGCGGGGAUGAAUAUGGCGGGGGCGACGAAUCCGUAUGCGACGUUUGCGAAUGGGGGGAUGGGCGGGUAUCAGCAUGAUGUGGUUACGCAGAAUGGGGGUGGACAGGGGUUUGAGAGUUCGAGCUAUCCGCAGGGGGAUUUGUUGAUGCUGUGAUUGUUGUUGAAGGGGAGAUGGACGAA